GUCACCUUCCUCGGCGCCGGCGGCUCGCGCGUCGACGUCGAGUGCGGAUCGAAUCAGUACAUCCUCGACGCCGGCCUCGAGGCGGGGAUCGAGAUUCCGUUCACGUGCCGCGGAGGCAUCUGCGGCGCGUGCGUGGCGCGCUGCGCGUCGGGCGACGUCGAUCAGAGCGACAUCGCCGACCUCGAGUUCACGCUCGGCGAGGACGAGAUCGAGGCGGGGAUGGUGUUGCUGUGCAUGGCGCGACCGGUCGGGGACGUGGAGAUCGAGACGCAGAGCGAU